AUGAUCUUGGCAGCCAUCCCAUUCUUCCUACUAUCCUGUAUCUUGUUCCUCAUAGCCCAAAAACUUACAACCGACCGCCUCAAACGCUUCCCAGGCCCCAGACUAGCAGCAUGGACAGACCUCUGGCGAGUCCUCGACACUUACUUCGGAUCCCACAAACCCCCGUCCUCCAUCAUCCUCCACCGCAAAUACGGCGACAUCGUCCGGGUAGGCCCCAACGCCCUAACCUUCUCCAAUCCGCAAGCAAUCAAAGACAUCUACGGCACGGACAACCGAUACCCGAAGAGUGAAAUGUACCACGUCUUCGCCCCUUCCGCAGGUGGACACGUCACUCCCUCGCUCUUCUCUUCCUUGGACAUCACCUGGCAUGAUAACCUCCGGCGAGCGGUGAACCCAGCGUUCAACCUGAGCGCUCUAGUCCAAUACGAACCCUUCGUGGACAACACGACUCGUGAAUUUCUCUCACAACUCUCACAUCGCUACGCCGAUAAACCCGGUACCGAAGGCGUCGUCCGUCUUCACGAAUGGAUGCACUGGUACGCGUUCGACGUGAUCGGGGAGAUCACAUACGGUUCUCCCUUCGGUGCUCUCAAAAACGCAUCCGACAUCGACGGAAUCCUGGCGAAAACGCACCGUUUCCUGGCGUACGGCAUGUGGGCGGGAUAUAUGCCCUUGAUCGACAAGUUGACCUUCAAGAACCCCGUUCUUCUAUGGUUGCACCGAAGAGGGUAUGUCACCAGCGCUCCCAACCCCGUGGUAACCUGGGCCUUGAAGUACCAACAAGCCUCACGACCGAACAACAACAACAAUCAAGAAGACAAACCACAACCGCUCCUCGAAAAGUUCCUCGGCGCGAAAGAAACCCACCCCUCCAUCAUCACGGACAAAGAAGUCCUCUCCAUGGGACUGUCCGCGAUCCUCGCGGGCUCCGAGUCCACAGGCGUAACCCUCACCGCAAUCUUCUAUUAUAUCCUCAAGAACCCCUCCGUCCUCGCGACCCUCCAAGCAGAGCUCGACACCGCCUUUCCAACCGCAGCUUCAACAACACCCAUCGAGUUCAAACACGCCUUCGCCCUCCCCUACCUCGACGCCUGCCUCGAGGAAACCUUCCGUCUCCACCCCGCCGCCCGCUUCACAGCCGAACGCCUGCUCCCCCCUCAAGGCGCGCACAUCUCCAGCCAAAAAAUCCCCGGCGGCACGCUCGUCGGCAUAAACGCCUGGGCUCUGCAUCACCGCGCAGACGUCUUCGGCUCCGACGUCGACUCGUACAUCCCCGAGCGCUGGCUCCCUCGCCCAACGGAACCUUACGAGCAAGAACGCGCUCGGAUCGACGCCAUGUCGAGAACGUUGUUCCACUUCGGCGCGGGCCGGUUCGGGUGCAUCAGCAAGAAUGUGAGCUUGUUGGAAAUGUACAAAGUCGUGCCGGCCGUGUUGCGGGCGUUUGAGAUGUCACUGGAGGAUCCGGGCAGGGAGUGGAGGUUUGAGGAUGGGAGUUUUGUGAAUGUUAGCGGUGUGGACGUACGGUUGAGAAGGAGGAGGACCACGGAUGGAUCGUGA